GAGAGAUGGUCGCAAGAUGGCGGCGCUGAAGGAGGGUCGAAGCUACGGGCUGUCGUGCGGGCGAGUGAGCGAUGGCAGCAAGGUGUCCGUGUUCCACGUGAAGCUCACCGACAGUGCUCUGAGGGCCUUCGAGAGCUACCGCGCCAGCCAGGAUUCUGUUUCGCUGAGACCAUCAAUUCGAUUUCAAGGAAGCCAAGGGCACAUCUCCAUCCCCCAGCCCAACUGCCCCUCGGAGGCUCGGACCUUCUCCUUCUACCUCUCCAACAUCGGCCGCGACAGCCCCCAGGGCAGUUUCGACUGCAUCCAGCAGUACAUCUCCAGCCAUGGGGAUGUCCACCUGGACUGCCUGGGUAGCAUCCAGGACAAAAUCACAGUGUGCGCCACUGACGACUCCUAUCAGAAGGCGCGGCAGAGCAUGGCGCAGGCUGAGGAGGAGACUCGGAGCCGUGGUGCCAUUGUCAUCAAACCUGGAGGACGCUACUUGGGUAAGAAGGUUCAGUUUCGGAAACCAGCCCCAGGGGCGAUGGAUGCUGUGCCCUCCCGGAAGCGUGCAACCCCCAUCAAUCUGGCAAGUGCCAUCAAGAAAAGCGGUGUUAGCGGGGGCGGUGGGGUGUCUCAGAGGCCCUUCCGUGACCGGGUACUACACCUUUUGGCACUGAGGCCCUACCGGAAAGCUGAAUUAUUGCUGCGGCUACAGAAGGAUGGCCUGGCGCAGGCGGAUAAGGACAUGCUGGACAGUCUCCUCCAGCAGGUGGCCAAUGUGAAUGCUAAGGACGGCACGUGCACACUGAAGGACUGUGUGUAUAAAGAUGUGCAGAAGGACUGGCCUGGCUACUCAGAGGGAGACCAGCAGCUGCUAAAGCGCAUGCUUGUUCGGAAGCUAUGCCAGCCACAGAGCACAGGCGGCCUCCCUGGAGACCCUGCUGCUGCCAGCCCCCCAGAUGAGCAUGGGAGUUCAGCCUCACCCCCACAGAAACGGCCUCAGCCUCCUGAUUUCAUCGACCCCUUGGUCAACAAGAAACCCCGGAUAUCGCACUUCACCCAGAGAGCUCAGCCCACGGUCAAUGGGAAGCUGACUGUGCCCCAUGGCCGUGAGGCCCUACUGCCCACCCCAGGCCCACUGGUCGGCAUGGACACCCACUUGCCCCCACGGCUGGAGCCCCCAAGGGCACACGACCCUCUGGCUGAUGUCAGUAAUGACCUGGGCCACAGUGGCCGGGACUGCGAGCACGGGGAAGUGGCCACCUCAGCCCCUGCCCCAUGCCUCAGCCUUCCCCUGCUGACAGACUGUUCCCAGACCAGCAGGCCCCAUGGCAGCUCGUCUCGGGGCAAGUCCAAGAAGAAGUCCAAGAAGCACAAGGACAAGGAGAGGGCAGCUGGGGACAGGCAUCAGUCCCGGGCACCUGACCUUGUGCCUGGUUCCCUUGGAGCCCCACCAAUUGCCCCAGGUUUAAACGGGACCUGCAACAGCUCAAGCAUCCCCACGUCAACCUCGGAGACGCCUGACUACUUGCUAAAAUAUGCCACCAUCUCCUCUUCGGAGCAGCGUCAGAGCUACAAGAACGAUUUCAAUGCUGAGUACAGCGAGUACCGCGACCUGCACUCCCGCAUUGAGCAGAUCACACGGCGCUUCACUCAGCUGGACGCCCAGCUCCGGCAACUCUCCCAGGGCUCCGAGGAGUAUGAGACUACUCGUGGACAGAUUUUGCAGGAAUAUCGCAAAAUCAAAAAGACCAACACCAACUACAGCCAGGAAAAGCACCGCUGUGAGUACCUGCACAGCAAGCUGGCCCACAUCAAGAGGCUCAUCGCUGAAUAUGACCAGCGGCAGCUGCAGGCUUGGCCCUAGCCCCAGGCCGAAGAGAAGGAGGUCCCCAUCCCUGGACUGACCCUUCUGGAUGGCGGGAAAGCUGGGGGCGGGGGGAGCUGAAAACGGGAGAAAGAUUUAUUUAACAAAAUAAACACGAAGAAGACACGUUCAUCUGAGCCAGCAGAUGAACCAGCAGUGCCGGCUUUCAGGGGACUCCCUGUAGAUUUGGCACCCAUAGGUCACAGAUCCAAGCAGGACGUCCUACUCCCCAGCCCCCAUACCUCCUGAGCAGCCCCCACUCAGGACAGGCUCCCCAGGAAGCCCAGCUCCUCACCAACCACAGUCUGAGGGGCUUCAGCUUCCUCUUGUCAGAACACUUGGCCGGCCUGUCUGCUUUUUCUAGUUUUAUACGAAGACAGCCACUUUUAGCUACUGCUCAUGAGACUUGAGUCUAUUUUUAUAUGACAGAGAAAGCAUCUUUUUUCUAAACCUGUGCCUCCCCUCCUUAGAUGCCCAGGGUCUAGACACUGCCCUGUGUCCUUUCUGCAGUAUUACAGAUGCCAUUGGGAAGUUUGGGUGGGAGACCAGCCUUGGUCACGUCUCCCAUGCUGGGCUCUGGCCAAGUGCCCAGCCAGGCCAUCCAGGUUCUCCAGGCCCAAGCAAGGGUGGGCUCUCUCUGAGGGGGUGUGCAGGGCAGCUCAACCCCCUAGGUCUAUUUCAAGAACUCCAGCUGGCCCCCAGAGCAGCUGCUGGAGCCCCCGGGCCUACCCACUAUUUCAGGCUCUCAGCUGUUGGGGACACUGGGGUUCUCUGUGCUACAAGCUCACUCUGCAGCAACAGUGCUGGACUUUAUUCUGUGGUCUCAAUUUCCCCUUUGCUGCUGCUUUUCAUGUCGUACUGUUGAGACCUUGCUCCACCCUCAGUCCUCUUGUGGGUUCUGGGGUUGUCUUAGAGCCACCUUGGGGAUUGCACUCAGGGAGGGGCUGGGGAUUGGUGGAGUCAAGGGGCUCCCCAAGAGCGAGCUCAGAAAAGGCACCCGGUCCACCUGCUCUGGGGGCAUGGGCUGCAUGGAUAUCCCAAUUGCUGCUUAGUUGCCGUGCCUAGUAUAGUGUCCCCCAGAGUGUCGGGGGCUGUGUGUGUGUAUGUGCGUGUGCAUUUGUGUGUGUGUCCAUGUGUGUCCCUGCCAGGGUGUGGUGGGGUCCGAAGUGGGUGCUCAGAAUCAGGGCCACAUUCAGUGGAGUGGGGGGUGACUGUGAGCUGCAGCCCCACAGGGAGAGCAGCAGUGCCGAGACAUGUCUGUGUGUCUAAGCCAUGGGGUAUCUCCUGAUGGCUUCCCAAAGAUCAGGCCCCUCAUGAAUGCCUGCACUGUGCCCACCCCCCAGUCUCUUCCAUGAGCCCCGAGGUGCCCGAGCACCAAGGAAGCUCAUCCUUCAUGUUUCACUAGCAGUUGUGUUAUUUCUCAUUUGGGACAGUGGACAAGGGCUGAGCAGCCCCUGGUCCCCGAGUUGUGCAGACAACUGUGCACAUGAGCAGGCAGACUGGUGACAUAGGAUCAUUUAAGGAGACCCCGGCCCUCUGCCCUGGGAAUCAGUUCAAGGCACUCUCAGUUGAAUUUCCUUUUUGUUUUUUUUCUUCCUCUCCUUUUAAGGAAUUAUGAAGCUAAGAAAAGUUUUGUGCUUUGGGGGUUGAUGGACAAAAGUUCUAGCUGAUUAAAUAUGGUCUUAACUUAUUGAUAUUGUUUUUUUUUUUUCUUUUUAAUAUUGUACUGUGGAGAAAAACUUUUUUGAGCCAUGGAGUUGGUGUUUACAAGAACUUUUCACUUUUGCCAAAAUGUUACAAUUGAAAGGCAUCCACGUCUUCAGUUUCCUAAUAUUUUCUUAAAAGAUCUAGUGUCUCUUUUGUACACUAAACAGAUAAAUGCUGAUUUUUUUCAACCUACAAUAAAUUUCACUGAACCGAA